ACGGUGAAGUGGCAAAACAAAACUAAUCUGGUAGGAAGGUAGAAAGACUAAACGAGUGUGGUGAACACAAAAUCACUACAUCGAAACCCUAAUUCCCCAAAUCACAAACUCAAUUGAAAAUUCAAUGGAAGGUAUGGUAUCUCCCACGGAUCAACAAACAUUGGUCACUUCAUUUCUCGAAGUUGCUCAAGGUCAAACCGCUGCCACCGCUAGACAAUUCCUUCAGGCUACAAGUUGGAAACUUGAGGAAGCUCUUCAGCUGUUUUUGAUUGGGAGUGAAACUGGGGCGGUGCCAGUGCCGGCACCGGCGUCUUUCACUCCGCCUUUAGAGAAUGCUGAUGGUUGGAUUGAUCAGUCUCAUUUGAGUGAAACACGGACGGAUACUGCGAAUCAAAGUGGUGUAGUUAAUGAGGGAGAUGAAGUGCGUGCUCCUUUGCCUGUUAUAAGGGAAACUCUUUAUGAUAAUGUACUGCUGUAUGGAGGAUCAAGGCUUGGACAUCUCCCACAAGAACCAAACUCCUUAAUUGCGUUCCGUAACUUUGAACAGGAAACAAGGCGUCCAGGGGUUUGGGAACCAGAGCAAGGCGCGGCCUCUACAGCAGAAAGUUCUCAGGACACACUUGCUUCUCUUUAUCGCCCUCCUUUCCAUCUAAUGUUCACUGGCUCUUUUGAUAAGGCAAAAAGUGCUGCUUCUAUGCAGGACAAGUGGUUGAUGGUGAACAUACAAUCUACCAAGGAAUUCAGCUCACAUAUGCUUAAUCGGGAUACAUGGGCAAAUGAGGCUGUUUCUCAGACCAUCAAAACAAACUUCAUAUUCUGGCAGGUAUAUGAUGAUACAACUGAAGGCAAAAAAGUCUGCACUUAUUACAGACUUGACUCAAUUCCUGUUGUGCUUAUUAUUGAUCCCAUCACUGGCCAAAAGAUGCGCGCCUGGGGUGGAAUGGUUCAACCUGACAGCCUAUUAGAAGGUCUGCUACCAUUCUUUGAUGCUGGUCCUAAGGAUCAUCACAAUACCCUGUCUCACAAGCGUCCUAGAGGAAGUUCUAGCCCACCAAAGCCUAAAGCUACUUUAGAUUCAGAUGCGAAUAAAGAGGAGGAUGAGGAGGUUCAAAGAGCGCUGGCAGCUUCGUUGGAAAGCGUGAAAGAAUCAAGUGAAAUGGCUGAAGGAGAUGAUAAAGAAGCAAAUGUUGCUGGCAACGUGCAAGAAACAGCCUUACCACGGCCUGCUUAUCCAACCUUGCCUGAAGAACCUAAGGCUGAAAGAAAUCUCUUAUGCAGAGUUGGUGUACGACUUCCGGAUGGACGCCGUGUUCAGCGAAACUUCUUACGCUCUGAACCAAUUCAGCUACUAUGGUCAUUCAUUGCUGUUCAGCUCGGGGAAGAUGAGACAAAGCCAUUUAAGUUAACUCAUGCAAUUCCUGGAGCAACGAAAAACCUGGACUAUGAAAGUAAUUCAACAUUUGAGGAAUCAGGCCUUGCUUACUCUAUGAUUUCAGUGACUUGGGACUGAGUUAAGAUUUUUAUUUUCAGACUUGAGAAUUUCGGAUUGGUGAUGUAUGACCAUGUUUCUCAUCUUUUGACAUGAGGCAGGUUUAUGCUGAUAGAAAAAGAGAAGUUUUAUUUAAACUCUUUUGUGUAUAAAUUAUGAAUCUAAAUUAUGCGUAAAAUCAAUGGAAAUAUACCAAUUUCGCUAGUA